CCUAAAGACAGAGAGGACCAAACCAAACGAAACUUCUCUGUAAUAUCCUCUCCAAAUUUCCGAACUUUCACGCGUUUCAAUCUUCUCUAUAUUAACUUAUUUCCACAAACCCAUCAAAACCCACUCAUUGUGUUCCUCAAAUUCUCUAUCUUUCUCUGAUUUCAUCUUAAGGGUUCCUCAAAGUUUCAAUCUUUCUCUCUGAAUCUAAACCAUGGCUCGUUGUAGCAACAAUCUCGUAGGGAUACUAAAUUUCCUUGUCUUUCUUCUCUCAAUCCCAAUCUUAGCUGGUGGAAUCUGGCUAAGCCAAAAAGGGUCAACAGAGUGUGAAAGAUUCCUAGACAAACCAGUGAUUGCUCUUGGUGUUUUCCUUAUGGUUGUAGCAAUAGCUGGUUUAAUAGGUUCUUGUUGUAGAGUCACAUGGCUUCUUUGGGUUUAUCUCUUUGUCAUGUUCCUUUUGAUUCUUCUUGUGUUCUGUAUAACUGUUUUUGCCUUUGUUGUUACUAACAAAGGAGCUGGUGAAGCUAUUGAAGGAAAAGGUUAUAAAGAGUAUAAACUUGGUGAUUACUCUGAUUGGUUACAGAAACGUGUUGAGAAUGGAAAAAAUUGGAAUAAGAUUAGAAGUUGUCUUGUUGAGAGCAAAGUUUGUUCUAAGCUUGAAGCUAAGUUUGUUAAUGUUCCGGUGACUAGUUUCUACAAUGAACAUCUUACUGCUCUUCAGUCUGGUUGCUGCAAACCUUCAGAUGAAUGUGGUUUCGAGUACGUAAACCCCACAACUUGGAACAAGAACACAACGGGAACACACAAUAAUCCCGACUGCCAAACAUGGGACAACGCGAAAGAAAAGCUCUGCUUCGACUGUCAAUCUUGCAAAGCGGGUCUACUCGACAACGUCAAAAGCGCUUGGAAGAAAGUUGCAAUCGUUAACAUCAUCUUCCUUGUCUUCCUCAUCAUUGUCUACUCUGUUGGUUGCUGUGCUUUCAGGAACAACAAGAGGGAUGAUAGUUAUACCCGUACAUACGGAUAUAAGCCUUGAACAUAGUUUAACCGGUUUUAGGACAGAUAUUCGUUGAUCGGUUUAUACAUUAUGGAGUUUGCUUUUAUGUUUGAUUUUUAUCUUGGUGUUUUGAUGAGACCUAUUGCUUGUACAGCUAAACCUUGAUAUGGAUUUAUUAUAUGCUUUUAUUAGUU